AAAUUGAAGGUUGUGGGUGAGGCGUAACUUUCAGUUGUUGUCGCUUCAGUGCUCUGACCAUUUGGAAGUCCUUGUGUAGUACUUGUACAGACCUGAUUAUCGCCAAAUUGAGUUUGGAAUAAUUCUCCUGAUAAAACUGCAAUACAGCUACAACAAGUCAAACUAAUUCGGAGACUGCAUACUCAUAGCCAAUCUAUUUGUUUGAACGAUGCCUCCAAAAAGAAAUGUAAGAAAUAAGGAUAGUGAAGACGAAAGUGUUAGAACUAAUACUAACAACAACGAGGGAAAAAACGCAAAGUCAGGAAAUAAAAAAAAUAGGGAUGACGAAGAUGAAAGUGUUAGAGCUGAUACUAACAACAAUGGGAAAAAAAACACAAAGUCAGGGAAUAAAAAAAACAAGGGGAAAGCUGUUAGUCUUAUUCCUUCGGAUUCUGAAGAGGAUAAAGUAAUUACAGACGACUCUAAUGCGAAAAGAAAAGAGAAAAAAAAGAAAGGGAAAGAACUGUCAACCAAUGAUUUAGUUGAAAAACAAAAUGACACAAAAAUAACAAAGGAAAGUCAUAAGUCCAGUAACGAAUCUCUCAAAUCAGAUGAAGUUGAUGACGAAUUUUACAAAAAGAAAAGAAAGGCAGGACGUAAUACUGUUAAACGUGCAGAUUCUGAAGACGAAAGGGAUGCAAAUAAGGCAUCAAAUAAAAAACAGGGGAAAAAGAAAGGUAAAUUAAAUGCGAUUGAUGCAGAACAAAGGGGUCAGAAAGCUGAUAUCCAACAAAAAACAGAAGUUUGUGAUUCCAAAAUGGAUUCCAAUCGUGAAACUCAACAAAAGAAUUAUGAACUUGAUGAGGAAUCUACAAAACCUGAAGAAAUUGAUGACGAUUUUUAUACAAAGAAAAGAAAAGCCGGUCGUGGAAAACAAAAGCAAGGACCAGAACAUGGAGAACUACCUAAUCAAAAUGCAACUGGUAAGAAAAAGAAACAGAAACCCGGAAAAAAGAAACAUGACGAUGGAUUCGAUAGUGAACAAGAAGACCUUGAUGGUUUGGCCAAAGCCAUGACAGUUGUUUCUUUAGAUAGUGAAAUAGAUGAUCUCGAUCUUCAAAGUACUAAGUUUGAUGGGUUUUCAGCAAUAUGUCUUGAUCAUCAUACUACAGUAAAUAAUCAGGACACAGCCGAUGAUGUCCAAAUAAUGUCUGAUGACCCCUUAGACAGUAAACCCCAGAUUGACGUCGCAAAAUCAAAGCCACCUAUUGAUAAUGAUAUUAAUUCACUGACAGACAAGUGUUCGACUACUGAUAUAAAAUUGGAGGAUGAUACCUGCUCUAAACCAACUUUAAUUGAAGAAAACGUCACAGAAAGUGAUGCUAAUGCCGUGAAACCAAAAGUAUCAAAGAAGGAGCUUAAAAAGCUUAAAAAGAAAGAGGAGUUUGAAAAACUUGUUGAAAAUGCAAAAGCUAAAAUUAUCGCAUCUUCUGGAACACUCGAUAACUUUGCACUUUCGCAAGCUUCUGGUAAUGCAAAAUCUGAACAGCAAGACAAUCAGCUUGAUAUACGGGUUGAAAAUUUCUCGAUUGCUGCUAAAGGAAAGGAUCUAUUUGUAAAUGCAUCCCUUCAAAUUACUCAUGGCCGUCGUUAUGGGUUAGUGGGACCUAAUGGCUAUGGGAAAACUACGUUACUUCGCCAUAUUGCUACUCGAGCGAUCAACAUCCCUGCAAAUAUCGAUGUGCUUCUUUGUGAACAAGAAGUUGUAGCUGACUCAACACCCGCAUUUGAAAUGGUUCUCAGAUCAGAUAAAAGACGAUUAGAAUUAUUAGAAGAAUGUGAAAAGUUGAAAUCUCUUUUAGAAACAGAUCACAGUCCAUCUGUAGUUGACAAGUUUAAUGAGGUUUAUGAAGAGCUUGUUGCAAUUAAAGCUGAUGCAGCAGAAGGCAAAGCUAGACGUAUAUUAUCUGGUCUAGGUUUCACAAAAAAUAUGAUGGAUAGACCUACUAAAGAUUUAUCAGGAGGUUGGAGAAUGCGUGUCAGUCUGGCUAGAGCUUUAUUUUUGGAGCCGACACUCUUACUACUAGACGAACCGACAAAUCAUUUAGAUUUGAAUGCAGUUAUAUGGUUAGAUAAUUAUCUUCAAAGAUGGAAGAAAACUCUCCUGAUUGUUUCACAUGACCAGUCAUUCUUAGAUAAUGUUUGUACAGAUAUCAUCCAUUUAGACCAACGUCAGUUAUUCUACUAUAGAGGCAAUUAUAAUAACUUCAAAAGUAUGUUUAUCCAACGUAGAAAAGAACAAUUGAAAGAAUAUGAAAAACAAGAAAAACGUCUUAAAGAAUUAAAACAAUCUGGAAUGAGUAAUAAACAAGCUCAAGCAAAAAAUCAACGUGAUGUAUUAACAAGAAAACAGGCGAAAAAUAAGCAAACUUCCAAUGAAGCUAAUGAUAAUGGAAAACCACAAUUAUUAUCUAAACCAAAGGAGUAUGUUGUUAAGUUCACGUUUCCAAAUCCAACUCCUAUUUCUCCUCCUAUACUCGGUUUAUACAGUGUAACUUUUGCCUAUCCAAACCAAAAACCUUUGUUUAAAGAAUUGAACUUUGGCAUAGAUAUGACUUCUAGAAUUUCAAUUGUUGGUCCCAAUGGUGUUGGAAAAUCAACCUUUUUAAAACUACUUACGGGUGAAGUACAACCGACUGAUGGAGAACGUCGGUUAAAUCAUCGUGUUAAAAUUGGCAAGUAUGAUCAACACUCGGCAGAUCAAUUAAAUCUUAGUGAAACACCAACUGAAUAUUUACAACGCCUUUUCAAUCUAACUUAUCAAGUUAACAUUUCAUUUUCACCCAUUCACUCUUUAAACUAAAAAUUUGUGUAAACAGGUAACAACAAUACGUUAUAGAAUGCGGAUACAUCUUAAUGUAACUACAUGUCAGGUGUACUUAUCCAUCAUUUUAUAGAUUGAGAAAGUGUAUUUAAUAAGUAAAUGAAUAAAGGAAAAUGCAAUCUUAAUAAAAUUGUUUUAAUUAAUUUUGUAAUGAAGUAGUUCAUUUUGUCAUCAUCUCUAUGAAGUUUCAGCUACAAGUAUAUAAUAUUGAUUAAGUAUAAAUAUAAUAAAUAUUAUCCGUAAGGAGUUCAUUUUAAUAAUCACAACUACUUGAAUUCGUUAUUAACUUUAAUAUUAUUUGUUUUCUAAUUUUAGGAUGCUCGAGCAACAUUGGGUAAAUUUGGUUUAGAAGCUCAUGCACAUACUAUUCCUAAUGCUGAUCUGUCAGGUGGACAACGUGCUCGUGUUGCUUUUGCUGAAUUAUCACGUCGGGCUCCAGAUAUUUUAAUAUUAGAUGAACCGACAAAUAAUUUAGAUAUUGAAUCGAUUGAUGCAUUAGCUGAUGCUAUCAAUGAGUUUGAAGGAGGUGUUAUUGUUGUCAGUCAUGAUGAACGUUUAAUUCGAGAUACAAAUUGUAUUUUAUGGGUUAUAGAAGAUCUUGGAAUUAAUGAAAUAGAUGGUGAUUUUGAUGAUUAUCGUCGUGAAAUUUUAGAUUCUCUUGGUGAAGAAAUAUCUAAUCCAAGUAAAGUGGCUGCAGUUGCUGGAUGUUUAUCUUAACUUUUGAAAUCAAUUUUUAUUGUAAAAAAAAAUGAGAACGUUACAAUGUGAAUGUUUCUAGAAACUCUUCAAAUUUAGAAUUGUUAUUCUUUUAUCUAAUGAAAUGUAUAUUUCUGCAAUUAUGUACAGUUCUAUGUUUAGCUUGUUCAAGAUGUCUUUAUUUCUUCUCUGUCCUAUUUUUUGGGGGGUGAGACGAUAUUCACUCUUUCUUCCAUUUUUCUUUCAUUAAUAAUUUCAGGUUUGUUAAGAGGUAUUAGAAAAAAAAAUUUCAAUUAUUGUUUUAUUAUUGUACAAUUGCUUAGGUAAUCUUCAACUUUAUAUUUCUACAUGCUUGUUAGAUUUUAUGAUCUUACUGUCUUUUGUAUUCAUCUAUUUUUCAUUUGAAAUUCAGCCUGUUUGUGAUUAUCUCAACCAACAACAAAAAGUGAUAUUUCUGGGGGUUUUCUAAUCUCUGACUUAUUGGUUAAUGUACACAUUCUAAGCUUGAUAUGGGAUAUUUUGUUACGAACAUAGUUGAAAUAUACUAUCUGUUUGUUUUUUAUUUUCAUUUUGAUUGUAAGAUUUUCAUGAAUUAGAUGUUUUGAAAACACUUAUCUGAAUGUUUGAUAUCCUAACAAUAUCUUUGUUAAUGCGAUCAGGUCAAAUUAUCACACUGUGUACAAUGAUUCAAUUAGUCAGUCACAAGAAAUGUAGUACUUGGCGUAUAUGGAAAUCGGCUCAAUUUACUACACCAUAUCAUUUUAUUAGUAAAUCUAGAAGUAGUAUAAGAAAUAAUUAUAUCAUUAGUAGUAAGAAAGAUUAAGCGCAGAUAAUUUAAUCUGUAAAAAAGUGAAGUCGCAGAAUAAAAAAAGUAUAAGAUAACUUCAAAGCUCAAGAUCUAAAAAAAGAAAAAAGUGAGCGAAUCUGAGACAUCGAUUAAUGUCUCCAAUUAUUGGUACACUAAUCUUGGUGAUCCCAACCAGAUAGUUUUCACCUACCACCAAUACGGCUUGGUUCAACAGCUAAUUACUUCAUGCAUUGAUGUCAUGUUUCCUUAUAGUCACUCCUAGUUUUAUGUCAACUGACCUUUAUACCAGUUAACAUUGAUUAUGGAGGUUAGUGGUACGUGAGACAUGUCCCAACCACUUCAUUCAAAAAAUCAACACGUUUUCAACUGGUUUGUCACUUUUACUAAAUACCCUAUGCCUAUUCUCACUACUGAUUACUCGAUCGUUCCACCAGGUAGGAGCAAUGUUUUAAAGACAAUAACCUGCUGUCUAC